GCCUAAUCAGCGUCCAUUUGAAGCACCUGUUUCCAAAUUCAACUCGAAAGGAAACUUUCGACCUUCAUGUUCUUUUUCGUCUACACGGAGAGUUAUGAAGCUUUGCAUAUUUAUUGUUUUUUAUGUGUAAUGUUUUUCUCUUUACAAUGCAGAAAGCCUUGAAGAAGUAUUUUGUAAACAUGGAUGAUUAUCUAGCCAGCAUCGGCCUUUACAGGAAAAUGAUGGCUCGAGACGCGUCCUGUCUGUUCAGAGCAGUUUCUGAACAGCUUUACUACUCUCAGAAUUAUCAUCACAAAAUCCGGAAGGACUGCGUCACCUUCAUGAGAGCAAAUAGAUGCAACUUUGAGCCGUUUGUUGAAGGGUCUUUUGAGAAGUACUUGGAGCGAUUGGAGGAUCCACAGGAAACGGCUGGACAAGUGGAGAUAAAAGCUUUGUCUUUAUUAUACAGGCGGUGCUUCAUUAUUUACAGGUAUCCGGGGAAGCCGCCCACCGAGAUUGCAGAGGAUGACUAUGCAGAAAAGGUUUUGCUGUGUUGUUCAAACAAUGGGCACUAUGACAUUGUUUACCCAAGGAGCUACCCUGUGGAUGCAGCCAUGUGCCAGUCACUGCUGUACGAGCUGCUGUACUGCCGGGUGUUGGGCGUCGAGGAAGGAGAGGUGCAGGUGGCGCUGGAGGGCUUUCGGGGCGGAGGGCGACGCUACAGGAACAGCCUGUCUGUCUGCAGCGAGGACGCUGGAUACGACGCCCCUGACGACAGGGGUCAGAGGGAGGACUGGGAGAUGAAUGAAAGCGGUCGUUCUGAAGACAAAGCCAGAUCCGGAGUGGAGGAGAACAAGGCUCCAGAACAGCUCAAGCUCUCUCUGCCCUACAAAGUCCUGAAGGCUCUGGACCCCGAGAUCUACCGCAAUGUGGAGUUUGACGUGUGGCAUGACAGCCGCAAAGAGAUGCAGAAGACAGACUACAUGGUGUUUGCAGGCAGACAGUACUUCCUGGGAGACAAGUGCCAGGUCCGUCUGGACCCAAAGGGGAAGUAUUACAAUGCCUUCAUACAGGAAGUGGGAACUCAUUCCAGUGCUGUCACUGUAUUCAUUGAGGAACUUGGAGAAAAACAUCUGGUGUCCCUGACCAACCUGAAGCCUGUGAACCCUGUCCCCGCCUGGAACAUCACCCCCAGCCGCAAGGGGGCGUCCUACAGCCGGUCGGACCAGUACUCCGCAGAGCUAGACGCAGAGAUGCGCGGCCGGCGGCGCUUCUUUAAGAAGCCUCGUGGGAAGGAGGUGCUGAUGGCGGUGUCGUACAGAAGCGCCCCACCCGGCCUGCCCCCCCGGCUUCAGCCCGGCCCCGGCUGCCUGGCCCCCGGCCGCCCGCCCCCCAUGCACGGCCCCCCCGCCCCCCCUGUGCUGCCCUACGACCACUACAGGCCCCACCCCACCCCCCGGCCCACCCGUGGGUAUGUGCCCCACAGAAGCUCUGCCCGCUUUCUUAACCGGCACCACCUGAUUGGUCCAGAGAUGGCCUACUACCCAGGAAAGCGCUGCUACCAGAGUUUCGACAACUACUCCUACCGGGCACGCUCCUGCAGCAGAAGCCGGCGGCAGAUGCACUCUGUGAAUAAGGAGUGCCAGUUCAGCUUCGUACCUGAGGCUGGGGAGGACGCUCAGGACCUGGAGGGGAACAUUACCUUCUACGAGAUUGAGGAGGGCGAUGAGGCGGCCUUUCCCCCGCUGCCUGGCCAGGCAGUCUCCAGCCCCCUGGUUCCAGCUCCCGCCACCUUCUGGGUGCAGCGGGGGCCGAGCCCCAACCCUGGAGCUGACAAACCCCCCGUGACAUCAUCGGAGGAGGACCCAGAGGACCGCAGCACCGGCGGGGAACAGGGUGAAUACCCUGAGGACUUUAUCUACAGAGCCCCAGAUCCAGGCUUCCAGACUCCCUCCGUUUACACAGCUGCUGAAGCCACUGCCAACCUGACCAUUCAGGAAGGAGGCUCUCGCUCUGGUUCACCACCAGAGGGCGGAGCGACCUACAGUUACUCACACCAGGUGGUGGUGAAGUCGGCGGUCAUCUCCACCUCUCCCACAGUCAACAGCGCUCCGGCUGCCAUCUUCACCUCAAACUCCUCAUCCUCCUCUGGAAGCUCCCAGACCCCCCCAACCUCCCUACCAUCCUCUGCCAGCCUGGCCCCACCCCCCCUCCUCCCACCUCACUCCAUGGGCCGGCCAGUUCUGUCCAUGCCGUAUCCUGGUGCCUCCAACUGGUUUGUGAAUGAGAUGGGGGAGACGGUCAACAUGGCCCCCCCGCCCCCCUACUCCUACGACCCUAAUGGCAGCGACCUGCCCCGAGACUGCAAGGUGCUGCAGUAUUACUUCAACUUAGGAGUGCAGUGGUACCAGCAGGGCUACUGGCACUCUGUGGUGCAGAUGCAGCAGCUGUACCAGCAGCCUGGCGUGGAGACGCAGUUCCAGCCUUACACCAGCGGGGGCGCUGCUCCAGACCACACUGUGGCGCAGGCUUUCCCUGAGUCAGGGCAGGCAGGGCCGGAUGCUCACGGAGACACAAAUGCCAACGGAGCCCCCUUGCCGCUGGAGCCCCCGGCCGCGGCCCCCCCCUCCAGCGUGGUGUUCUACCCCCUGCUCCAGGAGCAGUGCGGCCAGACCCCCAUGCACAGCUACGAGCCCUACGUGCCCGUCCUGCCAACCUACCAGUACCUGCUGCCCUGGACCCCCGGCCACGCCCAGACCCGCCUGCACGCCUCCUUCUGCCCCUCCUCCCACGCGGUCAGCUACAUCAGUGCCCCCCCACACACCGCCCACUACGUCCCCCCCAGCAUGUAGGUGCGCACUCCCUUCCC